GGAAAACUGUUGAGUCAGUGAGUCGAUCGGCGGCCUGUCUCCCGCGCUCAGCUGAUCCCCGUUUCCGCGCCCGCGAAAAACAGUCAACAUUGAGACGAACCGAUUGUUUUGUUUCCGUGCCCGGCAUCGCUUCUGGUCCUCGCUUACGCGACAGUUUUCGAUUUUGAAUCAGUCUCUCUAAUCAGUGCGCCCAUCAGUCAAUCUUGUUCGCUCGUCAUCGUUGCGGCUGAAGUGUGGUUUUUUUCUUUCGAACGCAUGAAGUGCGCGAGGUUACGGAACUGAAGUGACAAAAACACGAAAAGCACAAUUUUUAAACGAUCUGUGCCCCGCAGUUUGAGGAAGUUCGUCAUUCGUCUGCGUAAUUUUUAGAAUAUUUUAAGUGACUGAAUUGAUUGAUUCUCAUUGUGCGAAAUAGAAAGUGAAUGACAAUUUUAAAACGUCGCGGUCAUGAUGCGUGAUUUUUCUGUGCCGUCCAAAAAAGUUUAUGUGUGACUGGUGGAACGUACCCACUCCUUUUGGAGGGCUUAAUCUUAAUCUGAUGAGUAAUUCAUCGGUGAAAUGAUUCUACGCAAUUUGUGUCAACGAACGCUGCCGCUCGGAACUUUGCAACUACAGGAACAUCGUACAGUUUGCUGAGGAGAACCUGCGGAAAUUGCAGAAAAAGACGAAUCAUAAAAUUGAAUUUUCUGUUGGCGUUAAAUCAAAGGCGGAGGGAAAGGAUGACGGUAAUCAGCAAGCUGGAGUUCGAGGCGGCGAUGGCCGGGCGCACUUGUGCUGACGUCAUGCACCCCUGGCACCCUCAGUGCGGCCCCGCGGCUCGCAUGAUCUUCGCCUCCACCGCCAUCGGCUUCAACAAGUUCAUGCUCGGCCUCUAUCUCCUCGACGUCCUUCUAAAAUUGACGAGAGAAAAAGAACUAACGAAGGAGGAGAUUAUGUUCAUCAUAAAAAGUUAUCUACGAACAGGCGUAGCUGCCCUAUGGAUAGCAACCACGUUCCUUGCAUCAAACUGCAUCUUCAGGCGUUGGAUGCCCUUCAACUACUACACAACCGUAAGCGUGCCAGCUUUUAUUGGAGGACUGGGAAUAUCAUUCGAAUCCAAGCAGCGGAUCGAAUUCAUUCUGUAUACUUGGUUGAACAUGCUCGUGGAAACAACAUUUAACCAUUUAGAGUACCUGAAAAUUUGGAGAGUAAAUGCAGUAAGUGGCACAGCUUUAUUCAUGUUAGCCAACGGUCUGGUUAUGUAUGAAAUCAGGAGGUUAAAGUUGCAAGGUCGAACACCCACAUUUUACUGGUUUUUUUCACCUCCGUCUGUGCGGAAUCAACAGGACAUUCAAAACAAUAACAGCAGCAGCACCACCAACAAUAACUAUAACUACAACAACAAUAAAGGAGAUAGCGUAAAAUCGCCGAUAGGUCCUUUCUGUCCUCACGAAGGGCCAUGCAUUGAGGAAGUCCGCAAAAGUGCUAUCAAAUUUUUGGGCCUAGGGUAUGUUUUUGGAUUUCUAAAAACAUCUGUGCCACGCCUGGGGCUAAUCGUAAAGAAACCGAGAUUAAUCAUAAGUUACCUCCUCAACAAGAAGACGAUAUCUUACGGUUUGUUUGCAGGACUGUACGUUGCUUUAUACAAGGGGUUAAGCUGUUUCUUGUGCCAAAAUCAAAAAGCGGACUCUGCUAUACUUGCUCUGCCUUGCGGCACAGUCGCUGGAUUAGCGUUUUGUGUACUGCCUGCCCCCUCUAUUUUAGCAGCUGUCUUGGCUAAUUUGAUAUUUAUGUACGGGAAAAAUUCAUCAUUUGCACGGUCCAAACUCCCGAUGUCCCAACUCAGCUUCGCACUAGUCAACGCGAUUUUGUUUCAUAACUAUGCAUUCUACAACAAUCUAUCGCCAGCAUUCUUCACCAACAUGCUAAACGUCGCCACGAAUGACAGGUGUCAUCAAAUUUAUCAGAACCUUGUAAAUUUGGUAGCCCAGUUACCCAAACACACGCACCCGGUUCUGCCCACCAUUUAAAGUGGUCACAUUAGAAGUGGUUAAGAUCUCGUACAAUCAAGAGCAAAUAUGUUAUGGUUGAAUGUAUGCAAAAAUCAUUCAAUUUAUUUGAAUUUUUACCCUGCAACACAUCAAAAGAAAAGCUGUUUCUUUGAGGAGAAAAUAUGUUUCCAAGAGGAAUACAUGGGAAUAAGUCAGCUUGUGCACACCAUCAUAUAUUAUUCUCAUUUGACGAUGAGAUGAUUCGUAGAAUUUUACGGAUGAAAUGAAAGAUUCAAUCGAUAAAAUAAAAUGUUUUGCGAAAUACUGAAGUCUCUUAGAGAAGUCUGAAGUCUCUCUCUCUUCAAGAGGAAAUGAAGGUAUAUGCAUUUAUUUUGUUGGGUGAAAAAUGCUGACGUCCCCUUCCUCUUCGACGUCAUUUAAGAACCAACAGUAUUUUAUUACAAAGAACGAUUUGAACCAAUUACAACUUAAAAUUGUAAAGUAUAAACAUUACCUUGCAGUAAAAUCAUUUUUAAGCCUCUGGAUCAUAUUUUUCUAUGGCCGUAUUUUCUAAUAUUAGGAUAUUAAUUCACAUUACCUGGAUGGUAAUUGAAGUUUAUGUGAUUAAUUCUGAGAUGAAGCGAAGAAUGAAUGAUACCUUUUAAUUUUUAUAACUGUCACAUGAGGCACAAUGUAAAAUUAUUUUAAGAAAAUAAACCUACAAUUUUAAGAUAUUAGAGAUUUUGUAGGUUCACCUGACAGCAUUAAUUUUGUUUAGUUUAUUUUACAACAAUGUGAUCACUAAGCAGAAUAAGUCUUCCAUGUAGGUAUGCUUUUAUGUAAUAAGUUUCUGUAUACUUAAAGCGACGUCAUAACAUGUGGUGACUGAUUUCACUAAAAAACAGGCAGUUUUCGAACCGGAAAUAACCUAAGCUUACCAAAGGUUAUCAGUUUUUCAGGAUUAUAUUUUAGUUCAUCAUCAUUUAGUCACAUUUAGUCAAUCAUGUUUCAUGACAGUCUACUUUAAUUUUUUGUCAUUGUAAAUACAGCAUUUAUUAAAUAUGUACAAAGUGGAGUAAGGCCGUCAACACCCUCAUCCGAAAUAUUGGAGGACCCCUGAUUUUCACAUGAUUCUGCUAUAAUAGCUAUUGUAUUUUUUAAUUUUUAAAUAUUUGAGACCUAAGUGCGUAUAAAUUUGAUCGUUUUCACUCCUC